AGCCUCCGUGUGCGCGUCCGUAUAUCGGUGAGGCACCGCUAGCUAUAUAUUUCGCCUCGUACUCUCUAUUUGAAGUUGGCACUUUUUUUCGCUCUGUAAUAGUAAAGCGCCUGCCGUGUGCUGGUGGUUGUUGUGCGGCAAUAUAUAUAUGUAUCACGCAUAUACGUGACUCAUAUACACACUGCAUCAACACACUUGAGCCUGUUCUGCUGUGUUACCCUGCCUUGCGCGUCUGUCAGUGUUCUCUGUUGUGUGUUCUAUACAUCUUUGGCAGUGUCGUCGUCGCAUAAUCGUGCAGCGUUACGUCGUCCGUUCUAAGAACGCUUCCAACGACCAUCAGCCGAGCUUCUUUUUCUAAUUUGCCUCUGCGCCUCUCUAUGCAUCUAUAGUACUUCAUUGCUGCAAUUAUCGACUUUUGCUUUUGUUUAUUAUUGUACUUAGCCGCAGUGAAACAAUUCUUGGUGUUGAGUCGACUAACGAGCUUCUGUCUCUACCCCGGCAAGAUUUCUAAGAUUGUUUCAACCUGGAAUUUUGCUUAAAACUUUUAACAAAGCAAUAAAUAUGAGUAUCAAUUCCAAAAAUAAGGUAGUCGAUGCCUUCCGCAAGCUCUUCCACUCAUCCAAUAAGAUGAUUGAACCAAAGAAAGAUGAAAAAAAGUCCUCCAGUUCACCCAGAAGAUUACUUUGUCGACAUAAAACUGAUGCAGUUCAACCAGCCGAAUCGCAUCUUUCUGAACAGCCAGGCCCCAGUCUUUAUGAUCUUUUGAAAGAUAAAAAAUCAUCCGUCAAUAAUUCACAAAAACCCAUUGAAAAGCAAGUAGGGAUUCGUCAAAAAAGACUGAUGAAAGAAUUUGCAGAAAUUCAGAAAAUCCAGAAUCACCCAGAUUCGUCUUUUACUGCCGAACUAAUAAAUGAUAAUUUAUUCGAGUGGCACAUUAGAUUAAAAAAAAUUGAUGAAGAAAGUCAGUUAUUCAAAGACAUGACAAAACUUGGAAUUAAUCAUAUACUGCUACACAUUUCUUUCCCAGAAAAUUUUCCAUUUAGUCCUCCAUUCUUGAGAGUUAUCUCACCUUUUAUUGAAAGAGGUUUUGUGAUGGAAGGAGGUGCAAUUUGUAUGGAAUUGUUAACUCCAAAAGGGUGGGCUAGUGCUUAUACAGUUGAAGCUGUGAUAACACAAUUUGCUGCCAGUGUUGUAAAAGGCCAGGGCCGAAUCUAUAAUAAAACAAAAAAUUUCAAAGAAUUUAAUCAACGAUCUGCUAAAGAGUCAUUUAGAAGUUUGGUCAAAACUCAUGAUAAAUAUGGUUGGGUAACUCCUUCUCUAUCUGAAGGUUAAAGAUAAUAGUUUUCAAAAACGUGCCACAAGAUUUACCAUUUUGAAUUUAUUUAUUUAUAUUUUCGAAAAAAUUAUAGAAUGAUCAUUAUUCAUUCUGAUAUUAGCAUGCUGUUUUUUUGAAAUCCAAGCAUAAGCAAAUGCAAUCAUAAACAAAAUUUAACAAAUUAUAUAACUUGAGAGAAGAAUUUCACUAAUCAAAUUAGUCAAUAUGCACCUAGUCUUAUUUUUAAGAAUAUAAGUUAUUGUGAUAAUUUAGUAAGUUAUGAUUAUUGUUGAUUUUCUUAGUUGUUAAUUUUUGUGUCUAUUACCUCGAAUGUAACAAUAAAUGAAUGAAAAAUUUUAAUGUCGGUUUGAAUGAAAAGUUUGAAUUUGGAGAAUUAAUAUUAUCUAGUUUAAGAAUAAUUAGAACAAAACAUGAAGUGCAUAUAUUUUAGAUACUAAAAAUUUUGAAAAUUAAAUUUUUUCAAGCCGAGCCAAUAGUUAAAUAUUUUCAAAAUCAAGCUUAACGUACCAAGGUAGCAUCAAAGUUAUAUUUGUUUACAGCUAAUCAAGUUUAGUUGAUCUGCGAGAAUAUGAUACACUUAAAAAACAUGCAAUCAGUAUGAAGAUGUGUCCAAAAUUGACAAGAAUUAUAUAGCAUUAGUUUUAUGAAUGCAUGUUGAUAGAUCUAUAAACAAAUUAUUGUAUUCCUACCAAAAUUUUUAUUUGGUAUAAGCAUGAAAGCCAAUAGUUUAUAUUGAGCGCCAUAGAAUUUCUUUGAUGAAUCUGUCGAAAUCCAAUGUAAAUUAAAUCAUAAUGUAUUGUAGAGAAACUACAAUGAUUUCCAUAAUUGUGCGAAUGUACAUAAAUAUUUAUUGAAUGCUUUUUCACAUAUUUCAAAUAAUCAUGUAAAUUACCGAGAUACAAUAAAACUUGAUCUCCAGAAAGGUUGUUUAAAUAAAAGGUAGUGUUUGUAAAUGAA